UACUCCAGCCAUACACUCUUGGGUUUAUGUUCGCACUCCUAUCCAUCUUUCUUUUUUUUUCUCAUGCAGGAAACACCUGAGGAGUUUAGGCAUCGCUUGAAGACAAGCGUGUUUGUUUUAGAACACUGACGCUUGACGAGAUGCGAGCAAAGAUUGACGACGGUGUAGUAUACUCGCCGUUUCCUGCGGUUGAUAUUCCUUGCUGCUCCUUGUACAUUGCAGCGAAGAAGGCGUUACUGGAGAAGCCGGACAAGCUGGCGCUAGCCGACGGUUCCGUCUCGGUGACAAGGAGAGAAUUGUUUGUGCUGAUGCAACGCUACGCCGUGGGAUUCCAGAAGCAUGGGGUGAAGCCCGGGGACCGAGUCUGUGUCCACAUUACCAGCAGCGUCCACAACGUUGCUGCCAUGUGGGGCUGCGUUUUCGCAGGAGCAAGCAUCGUACCAGCCAAAACAUCGCUCACAGAACGCGAACUGCGCUACCAGCUAAGCGACAGCGACAGCACUCACAUUCUAACGGAUGCCGCCUUUGCGGAAAAGGCUCGUAAGGCGGCGUCUUCAUUAGAAAUAAAGGGACUCUUUGCGACGGCUCCUACGGAAGGAUUUGAGUCAACGGCCUCGUUCCUUAACAUGGACGAGGCUUUGUUCCGAGAAGUCCUCGUGGAGGAUCCUAAAAAUUGCGUGCUUGGGAUUUGCUACACCUCAGGAACCACUGGUCUUGCAAAAGGUGUGGUCGUCACCCACUACGGCUUGGUGGCAAACAUGGCAACGGCAGGGCCUUGCUUUUCCUGGGAUGCCAGCGACGUGGUGUUGAUUGCAGCCCCCAUCACGCAUGCGUCAGGAAUCACCUGCAUCACUUUCGGCGUGCUUUUGGGCACACCUUUUGUGGUAGUGACUCCCGGCGCGAGUCUACAAUGCAUCAGCGAACUCAUCGAAAUAUACAAGGUGACGUCCCUUUCCUUACCACCGACACAUCUGCGGGCGAUCGUGGCGGAGAUGCAAAGCACAGGAAACCGGCUUAAAGGCAUCCGUCGCAUCGGAACCGGAGGCUUGGUGUUUUCGGAGCCCCUUCUCAGGGAAAUUCAAGAGGCAUUCGUGGACUUCGAGUGUCUGGUGAACGGAUAUGCCAUGACCGAGUCAAUGGGUAUCCUAUGCUCACCAUCCAUCCACGCGACCAAAGGUGUAGACGUUGGCUUUGUGGCUCCUUCGUCAGAGAUUAAGGUGGGUGUGACACUGAUGCGUACAUGA